UGCUGUAUGUGCAGACGCAGCCAACCUCUUCCUCGUGACGCCACCGAGGCUGGGCUCAGAGGGCUCCGAUCAUAAUAUUUAACACACCCACCCUGGAUGAACACUUGGAAGGAAGACAAGGCGGUGUAAACGGGUGGGGGGGGGACAAAUGACAACCAGGAUCCCUGCACCUGCCAGCCAGUCUCUGAUUUGACUUCAGCGAGGCUUUGCAAACAGCAGGAGCGGGACAGCAUCCAAGCAUCUCAGCGGAUCACCUGUUCUUUUUUAUGGAAUUUCCACUUUCUUUCUUUUUUUAAUUAUCAGUUCAUCCUAAAUACAAGGAAGGCUGUGAUUUUUGGUGGGACUAUAUUGAUCUCUCUUGUCACUUUUUCAGUUGUGACACAUUUGACAGCUCACUCCGUGCUGGCAGCAACACAAGGAAGCAGAUUUGAGGAAGAAUAUCGGUGCUUUUAACAGGACCCCCUCUCCCUCCCUCCUUCCUGAUACCUCUUCUUAACGAUUUAUUUAGUGGUCCGUCCUCCUGACACUGUAUCCUGCUCAACAAGGCAAUGAAUGAAGAGCACUUCUUGAGCCGCUGCCAGUGAAGUGUCCAGAGCUCACAAUGUGUCCACCUGUCUGGGGAUGAAGAAUCUGGACUAUUGUAACAAAAAAAAUAAUAGUAAUAAAGACAGAGCACAUCAUGGAGUUGUUAACAUAGGCUGACACGCAUUAUGUGUGCCAUGAUCACAGUAAAUCUUCAAGCCAACAUCGCUGCUUUGUCAUCGCAUAACAGUGUUGGACAUCAAUGUCGGUGCCGUAAGGUGCGCUGCGCUUAAAGCUUACUCUGCGUAAAGACAAAAAAAAUACACAAAGAUGAUAUUGUUUCGUAAAUUCAGAGUGUUCAUACUCAUGGUGUUUUUGGUGGCGUGCACCAUGCACAUUAUGAUAGACUUGUUACCGAAACUCGAGAAGCGGGCGGCGGGAGCGGACAGCGGGGACGGCGGCUGUCAGUGCGCUCACCACCCGGGCGGGGAGUCGCAGGGCUGGGGGAAGCAGCGCGCCAUGUCGGCGGCUGAAGCGGGCUGGCCUAACAAGCACACGCUGAGAAUCCUGCAGGAUUUCAGCAACGAGCCGAGCUCCAACCUCACGUCGCACUCUCUGGAAAAGAUCACAGCAGCCGUGGACAGAGCGGAGUCCUUCAGGCGGAUGAGACCGUCGGCGGGGAAGGCGGAGGACCACAAGCCGCUCAUCGGAGACGCGAGCGGGGGUCGGACCGUCCCUGCCCACGGUGGCUCCCGGCUGUCUGCUCUGUUUGAGCAUCCUUUAUACAAGGUUGACCUUCCUUCCCUCACGGACGAUGACACUUUGUUUAACGUGAACACAGACAUCAGAUUUUACCCCAGAGCAACAGGGAACCAAGCAUGGCACAAUGAGGAGGGGAACGAUGAGGAGGAGGAGUUCUCUCCUACAGGAGAGGUGACGGCGGAAUCUUACCCCAACUGGUUACGCUUCCACAUCGGCAUCAACCGCUACGAGCUGUACUCCAGACACAGUCUGGUGCUGGAUGCUCUGCUGAAGGACCUGGUCACGCAGAGGAUCACCAGCGUGGCCAUGAAAUCAGGAGGCACCCAGCUGAAGUUGAUCAUGACUUUCCAGAACUAUGGACAAGCGCUGUUCAAGCCCAUGAAGCAGACCCGGGACCAGGAAACCCCUCCAGACUUCUUCUACUUCUCCGACUUUGAGAGGCACAACGCUGAGAUUGCUGCUUUUCACUUAGACAGGAUCCUUGACUUCCGGAGAGUUCCUCCAGUGGCAGGGCGACUUGUCAACAUGACGAGGGAGAUCAGGGAUGUGACGCGUGAUAAGAAGCUGUGGAGGACCUUCUUCAUCUCUCCAGCCAAUAAUGUCUGCUUCUACGGGGAGUGCUCCUACUACUGCUCUACUGAGCAAGCUCUGUGCGGUAAACCGGACCAGAUCGAAGGCUCGCUGGCAGCCUUCCUGCCAGACCUGAACCUCGCCAAACGGAAGACGUGGAGAAACCCCUGGAGACGCUCCUACCACAAGCGCAAGAAAGCAGAGUGGGAGGUGGAUCCGGAUUACUGUGACGAGGUGAAGCAGACUCCUCCAUAUGACCGAGGCACUCGACUGCUGGACGUCAUGGAUAUGACCAUCUUUGAUUUCUUAAUGGGUAACAUGGAUCGACAUCACUAUGAAACUUUUGAGAAGUUUGGAAAUGACACCUUCAUUAUUCACCUGGACAACGGAAGAGGGUUUGGAAAACACUCCCAUGAUGAGCUGUCCAUCCUGGUGCCUCUCAGCCAGUGCUGCAGGGUGAGGAAAUCCACCUACCUGCGUCUCCAGCUGCUGGCCAAAGAGGAGUACCAGCUGAGCGCCCUGAUGGAGGAGUCCCUGCUCCGUGACCGACUGUCCCCGAUCCUCAUCCAGCGUCACCUCCAGGCCUUGGACCGCAGGCUCCGGCUGGUGCUGCAGGUCAUCGCAGGCUGCAUAGAGAAAGAAGGUUACAUUAAUGUGGUGGAGGAAGAUCUAGUCGGGGACACGGCCACCCACAGGAGCCCCGGCCACAGGUAGUGAGGGCGAGACUCAAGGGUGACAGAAACUACCAGUGACACGUGAACUAUGGACCAUUUGUGUGGCUGUUCGACCAAUGGGAUUGCACCAAAAAGUCCCACUUCUGAUAUCAAGCUGAAUUCAGUGAAUUCCAAGACUUGCCAUCAUUGCCUCUCUGGAAACUGCUUUUAGGUGUGUUUAUAUAGAAGAAAUCUACAAACCCCACAAGAGACUGUGCUCACACAGAGGCUUUGUAUUUGUUAGAUAAAGAUGUAUUUUGUUGUAUAAGACAUAAAGGAACCACUGCUGUGUUCUGAUUUUGUCCUGUUUGUUUUGAAUAUGGAGGCUAUCAGUUUGUUUUAUGUGUUUUAUUAUAUUAGUCCAUAACCAAAUGAGAGCGUACACUGACUGGGGCAGCAUAUGGUCAGACAAUAAGCUUUAUCAGUUAUCACAAUGUAUGAAAAGGUUGAGAAAGCGUAUGGAAGCUAUUUUACUUUUCUUUUUGGCCUGGCACAAACAACCUACGGACAGGAGAAUAGGAGUUUCCAAACAGUGUGUUCUCUUUAUCUUUAUAAGCUUUUUGUCUCGGCACAGACUCGGAGCGGACAGAUUGAAAAUGUUAUCACACACAUCUGAACAGCAUAAACAGCUGAGUGCAAGUAGAUUUGACACUGUAGUUCAAACAGUACCUUCACUUUGCCUUAUUCUGAUUUUGUAUCUCUCUCUCUUUUCCCAUCUCCGCUGCAAGUCGAGCUUGCACUACAACACACUUUGAUAGUAUUCUCCAAACCAAAAAUAAUGCAAAGAGACCAGAGUGCUGGUCCCAGGGUUCCCAUUCAGGAAAUUCCUGGAAAAGUUAUGGAACUAGGAAAACUGUUUUCAAGGCCUGGGAGUGGUUUGAAAUUAUAAGAAUGUUUUGGACAUUUUAAAUCUGCAUUUUUUUGCCCAUUAUUUAAAAUAUGUUCAUGAAAAUUCAACACAUUCUUACUGCUAACUUGUCAAAUGCCAACGCUUUGUCAGUGGCACAUCAAGUCAGAAUAUGAUGCACUAAGCACCCCUUAAGCGCCAGUUUUUGUCGUUCAGGAACAAGAAGUCCAUUUACGCUUGUUCUAUUUAUUGUCACUUUUCAAAAUAAACUUAGAACACAAGUAAAAAAAAUGUUUUAGGUAAACUUCAUCAUGGUUUGGCUAAAAAUAAGUAAAUUUUUCAAUAAAGUAAUGUAACAUAUUAUACCAUUAUAACAUAAUAAACACAUACAUCACUAGCAUAGUAUGGUACAGAUACAGUACUAGCAUAUUACAUUGUUAUUAAAGUAACUUCACUGACUUUUGGUUUCAAAUGGGGCAGCAUGUUGAUGCAGUGGUUAGCAUUGCUGCUUCACAGCAAGACGGUACUCCACCUUCCUCCCACAGACUAAAGACAUGCAGCUUAGGUUAUCUGGUGACUCUAAAUUGCCCCCAAGUGUGAAUGUAAGCCUGUCUGUCACUGUGUGUUAGCCCUGCAAUAGUCUGGCGGCCUGUCCAGGGUGUACUCCCCCUCUCAUCCAAUGUCAGCUGGCAUAGCCUCCAACUCCCCGCAACCCCAAACAGGAUAAGCAGUGACUGAAAAUGAAUGAAUGAAAAUGACAAACAUCUCCUGGGUGAAAGUCCAGAGUUUGUUUGACCCAUCCACCUCCACUCCUGCCUACCCUAUGCAGACUUUCAUACUCUCUACACUAAGGUAGUUGCCCAAGUGUCAAAAAUACUGUCACCCAGGACUUCUUAUACCGCCACGAAAGGGUGCCUCUGUGCGUCGGUGUCCAACGAUGAUGGGCCACUGACCAAGCAUCAGUAUUUGACAAGUUGGGAGUGAGACCAGGUUGGAAAAUCCCAAAACAUGCCUAAUGUUGGCGAAAUACAUUCCUUUUAUUACUGAUUUAAAAUCUAGUGCUCUGCUGCGUGACCACUGAACUGUUACUCGUAUCACGUAGCACACGUUGGCAUAUGCGACUAAUUGGUGGCGGGAAUGUCUAACAAGCAACUUAAGUUAGCAAGCGCUAGUAGUUUGCUUAUCUGCAAAAGCCUUGGAAGUGUUUGUUAAAUAACAUAUGGCUUUGGAAUGACUGAUGUAACACAUGGCUCACGAGAGAGGAAGCACCUGCACCAAAAUCUGGACAUGUGCAACAUGAGGGCAGCAGCUCUGGUGAGCCAUGCUAAAGGGAAAAAGCAUCGAGACAACCAAAAGGCUGCUCAACAGACUGAUAGCGUCUGCAGAUGUUUCAUAUCCGUUAGCACUUCUACCAGCCCGGGAAGCGAGACAACUCUGCCCAUCUGAUUCAAACUACUUAAAUAAAGUCAUGCAGAAGGGAUAAAAUGAUAAAAUAUUAUGGAAACCGUUAAAAUAUGUGGGAACACUGUGGUCCAUUAAGCGGCCAUUUCAUUCCAAUGCACUACCAUUCAUAAAUGCCAUUCUUAAAUAUAAUUUUACAAUUAUUGCAAUGCAAAAUAUUACAGUUUGUAUGUUGUGUCAUUUUUAUGAGAUUUCAUGUCCAAAUGACUAUUUAUUGAUGUGUCACAAAGAAUGAAAGUGGUUUAAUGAACUCUAGGUUAUGUUGCUUUAUAUCUUGGGAAAUAUUUACCGUAGGUACUUUAGCAUUUGGAUGCUAUUUAAACCGAUGUUCCUUUGAGUACUUUUUUAUGUUCACACGAUAGGAAAACAACAAAGCUAUUUGAUUUUCGACGCUGCGUUGCAGAAGUGGUCGCCAUGCGGUUUUCAGUUUCCUCCUGACAGUCCUGUGCACUGGCUGACUUGGUACCUGUGCAAUGACAGAAAUACAGUACUUGAAUGUUUUUGGGUUGGCAGUAUGGACAGGAUUCAUUGAGCUACAAACGGUGCAAAGCCGGAGUGGCUGGACUCGAGUCUGAGAAGUGCUUUGGGGGUGAUAAAGAGGUUAAAACACCUCUUUCCCACUGCAGGGAGAACCUCCUGCACUGUUCUCUGAUUUUCAUAUUCUCAGUGUACAUAUCUAUAAAUACUUUGAAGACCUAACAAGCUGCACCGCACAGUGAUUUGCUUCUGUUUUCUGCUAUUGCAUUGUUACUGUGAAGAUCUGUUUACUAAAUGAUUAAAGUGUGCAAUAAAAACAAAA